ACUCUGCUGAGGGUGACUAGUUACUGGGGUCUCUCUGCUGCCGGGUGACUGGUGGCAGUUACUGGGGUCUCUCUGCUGCUGGGUGACUAGUUACUGGGGUCUCUCUGCUGCCGGGUAGCUAGUUACUGGGGUCACUCUGCUGCCGGGUGGCUAGUGGCAGUUACUGGGGUCACUCUGCUGAGGGUGACUAGUUACUUGGGUAACUCUGCUGCCGGGUGACUGGUGGCAGUUACUGGGGGCUCUCUGCUGCCGGGUGACUGGUGGCAGUUACUGGGGUCUCUCUGCUGCUGGGUGACUAGUUACUGGGGUCUCUCUGCUGCCGGGUGACUAGUUACUGGGGUCUCUCUGCUGCCGGGUGACUAGUUACUGGGGUCACUCUGCUGCCGGGUGACUAGUUACAGGGGUCUCUCUGCUGCCGGGUGACUAGUUACUGGGGUCUCUCUGCUGCCGGAUGACUAGUUACUGGAGUCUCUCUGCUGCCGGGUGGCUAGUGGCAGUUACUGUGGUCUCUCUGCUGCUGGGUGACUAGUGGCAGUUACUGGGGUCUCUCUACUGCCGGGUGACUAGUUACUGGGGUCUCUCUGCUGCUGGGUGACUAGUUACUAGGGUCUCUCUGCUGCCGGGUGGCUAGUGUCAGUUACUGGGGUCUCUCUGCUGCCGGGUGGCUAGUGGCAGUUACUGGGGUCUCUCUGCUGCCGGGUGACUAGUUACUGGGGUCACUCUGCUGCCGGGUGACUAGUUACUGGGGUCUCUCUGCUGCCGGGUGACUAGUUACUGGAGUCUCUCUGCUGCCGGAUGAUUAGUGGCAGUUACUGUGGUCUCUCUGCUGCUGGGUGACUAGUGGCAGUUACUGGGGUCUCUCUACUGCCGGGUGACUAGUUACUGGGGUCACUCUGCUGCCGGGUGACUAGUUACUGGGGUCUCUCUGCUGCCGGGUGACUAGUUACUGGAGUCUCUCUGCUGCCGGAUGAUUAGUGGCAGUUACUGUGGUCUCUCUGCUGCUGGGUGACUAGUGGCAGUUACUGGGGUCUCUCUACUGCCGGGUGACUAGUCACUGGGGUCUCUCUGCUGCUGGGUGACUAGUUACUAGGGUCUCUCUGCUGCCGGGUGGCUAGUGUCAGUUACUGGGGUCUCUCUGCUGCUGGGUGACUAGUUACUAGGGUCUCUCUGCUGCCGGGUGGCUAGUGGCAGUUACUGGGGUCUCCCUGCUGCCGGAUGGCUAGUUACUGGGGUCUCCUUGCUGCCAGGUGCUAGUUACUGGGGUCUCUCUGCUGCCGGGUGUUAGUUACUGGGGUCACUCUGCUGCCGGGUGACUAGUAGCAGUUACUGGGGUCACACUGCUGCCGGGUGACUAGUUACUGGGGUCUCUCUGCUGCCGGGUGACUAGUGGCAGUUACUGGGGUCACACUGCUGCCGGGUGACUAGUUACUGGGGUCUCUCUGUUGCCGGGUGGCUAGUGGCAGUUACUGGGGUCUCUCUGCUGUCGAGUGGCAGUUACUGGGGUCUCCUUGCUGCCGGGUGACUAGUUACUGGGGUCUCUCUGCUGCCGGGUGGCUAGUGGCAGUUACUGGGGUCUCUCUGCUGCCGGGUGACUAGUUACUGGGGUCUCUCUGCCGCUUGGUAAUUAGUUACUGGGGUCUCUCUGCCGCUUGGAAACUAGUUACUGGGGUCUCUCUGCUGCCGGGUGACUAGUUACUGGGGUCUCUCUGUUGCCGGGUGGCUAGUGUCAGUUACUGGGGUCUCUCUGCUGCCGGGUGGCUAGUGUCAGUUACUGGGGUCUCUCUGCUGCCGGGUGACUAGUUACUGGGGUCUCUUUGCUGCCGGGUGACUAAUUACUGGGGUCUCUCUGCUGCCAGGUGACUAGUGUCAGUUACUGAGGUCUCUCUGCUGCCGGGUGGCUAGUGGCAGUUACUGGGGUCUCUCUGCUGCCGGGUGACUAGUGGCAGUUACUGGGGUCUCUCUGCUGCUGGGUGCUAGUUACUGGGGGUCUCUCUGCUGCCGGGUGAUAGUUACUGGGGUCACUCUGCUGCCAGGUGACUAGUGGCAGUUACUGGGGUCUCUCUGCUGCCGGGUGGCUAGUGGCAGUUACUGGGGGUCUCUCUGCUGCUGGGUGCUAGUUACUGGGGGUCUCUCUGCUGCCAGGUGACUAGUGGCAGUUACUGGGGUCUCUCAGCUGCCGGCUGUAUACGGGAUGGAUCCAGAGGAGUAUUUAUACGUGCAGCAUGGACAGACGCUCCUCAAUGUGUUCCAGAAAUUCCCUCCUAGAGAUGAGGAAACUCUGACCCCCGCCAUGAGACUGCUGCAGAAGAAGAGACAGGCUGAGAUCAUGCAGAGAGUGCUGGAGGCUGAGAGAGCGGAUUUUGAAAUUGCCAUGGAUGGUCUCGCCCUGCAGUGGGAGGAGCUGAAAACUCAGAAGGAGGAGCUUGAAAACUACUAUCAGAAAUUCCAGCCUGUCAUUUGGGAGAAUGAACAGAAGCGGCUGGGGGCAGUGAAUAGGAUGAUGAAGCAGCGAGAUAUAUACACCUGGAAAGAACGGGAGCUAAAACUCCUCCAGGAGGAGUAUGAAGAGCUGGUCAAACAGAGGCUGAAGGUCCAGGCCCGUAUCCAGCGAUACAGAAAGUUCUACCAGUAUCUGGAGCGAGUAGUGGAGGCCUCUGCUGAGUUCCAGGAGGUCAGCGAUGUCGUUUCUCGAUUUCAUACUUUGGUUGCCACUUCCAGUUACCUCCAGCAGGGGACACAGGAGGCCCAAGCAGCAAUACAGGAGGCAAAGGGGCAAAUCUCACGCCAUCUGGAAGACAGAAAUAACUUGGUGUUGCAGCUCAAUAACCAACUUGGCCAACUACAGACCUCUCUGGAAGAUGCCAAAAACCAAAGUCUGCUGUGGGAGUCACGCUGGGCUCACAUCCAGAAUACGGCCACUAAGAAGACUCUGCUUCUCGGCACCAUGAAGAUUGCAACGCUGAACAUUUUCCAGAGUAUGUGCAGGAAGGACACGGAAAGCAGGAGUGUGGGCGAGGGUGACACCCUGAAACAGCUGGAGAUGAUACAGCAGUACGUUCAGGACCUGUGUGAUGUGUGUGAGGAGGCGAGCAGGAAUUACCCCGGGAAAUGAGAGCAGAAACGCGUUUCACAGACCGGAUCUAUUUAUAUCUUACCAACGUGAAAUCGGAGAAAUAAAAAAUAAGAAUUUACUU